UUCUAAGUCUUAUCAAUGACCCUUUGAAUUAUCAAAGUGUCAACCAUAUUCCUGUUAGUCGGUUACAAAUUGCUUCAUUUAUUCUUCUUAUUGUCUUUCUCACUUCACCUCCCAAUAUAAAUACACGAGAAGUUAAGAAUCGUUUUCCAUUCAUUUUUAUCAAACCCUCUUAACUCAUUCAUUCACAUAAAUAACCAAAGUUAUUUCUAUAUUUUUUUUUAUCAUAUCUCAUAAACUAUAUACUAUAUAUAUUCUCAUAAUUUAUAUAUGUAGAUAGAUAGUGAAGGCUGAACCAAACAACAACAUCAGAAUCAGAAUCAGCUUAUCUAUAUACAUAGAGUAUAUUGUAUUGAUUAAUUCAUCAAACUAUGGCUGAUGAUGAUCAAUUUCAUCAUUCAAGUGGAAACUGGUGGGACACAGCAUCAAGAAAUAUGAGAUUUAAUCAAAGUGGAGGAACAUCACAAUCUUCUUCAUCUACCAUAACCAACAACAUAGUUGAUUUUGCUUGGCAAAAUUCAGAUAUGGUGGAAAUAAAACCAAGAUCUUCCAUGGAAAAUUCUUCUGUUGUUUUUCAUGAUAAUCAGAAACUUCAACAACCUCAAGAUUCUUCUACUUCAUCUGACCCUAACUUGCAUAUGAUGGGUUUAGGUCUUUCUUCUCAUACCUUGGAUUGGAAUCAACCAUCUUUGAUAAGAGGUGAGAAGGGAACAGAGAACAGUUUCAGGUCAAUAUUGGAAGAAAAUUUGAGUUCAACAAGGAACAAUUUUGAGCAAGAAAAUGUGAUGGGGAUGUGUCAACAAGUGAAUAGAAAUAAUUUCUCUCUGGAUCAAAAUCAGUUUAGUCCUCAAUAUAGUUCUGGAGAUAGUAAUGUUAUUACAAGCCAAUGUUUACCAACAAAUUUUCAAAUGGAUUCUUCAACUUUAUAUGGAACUCCAUCAAUUUUACAAGGUUCAUUUGAGAACAGAUCCAUGAGUAGUACUUUUCCAUAUCCAACAAAUAACUAUGGAUUAAACUCUAAUAAUGAGUUGAAUAUUAUGCCAGCUUCUAAUAAUUGGUCUAAUAAUAAAGUUCCUCAAUUUUUUAUGAGAACUUCACCUCCAAAACAACCAACCAAUAACCAGUUGCAUUUUACUAACAACACCCCUUUUUGGAAUGCUUCUGAGGCUCCUAAUUCCGUCAAGGAUGUUAGGUCUACUUUCUUCCCCUCUUUGCAACCUCAAUUUUCCCCUUCAAAUUUUGAUUCACAUUCAAAGAAUAUAUCUGAAGUAAGUGUGGUGAAGAAAAGUGGGAGUGAGCCAGCACCCAAAAGGACCCGUAACGAAACCCCAUCAACUUUGCCAGCUUUUAAGGUGAGAAAAGAAAAGAUGGGAGACAGAAUCACUGCACUCCAACAAUUAGUGUCUCCUUUUGGAAAGACUGAUACAGCCUCAGUGCUUUCUGAAGCCAUUGAAUAUAUUAAAUUUCUCCAUGAACAGGUUACUGUUUUGAGCACACCAUACAUGAAAAGUGGAGCUCCAUCAGAGAUUCAACAGAAUUCUGGUAAAUUAAAAAAAUGUGAGGGCACAAAGCAAGAUCUAAAAAGUCGAGGACUAUGUUUGGUACCAGUUUCUAGCACAUUUCCAGUGACUCAUGAAACAACAGUUGAUUUUUGGACACCAACAUUUGGAGGGACAUCAAGAUAAUAUUAAUGGAUGAAAAAAAUAUAGUGACAUGGAACCAAUAUCCUUCAACUAGGGCAUGCAUGUAUGUACCUUAUCAAACCUAGCCAAGUUGGGAAUGAUAAGAAAAAAAAAUGAAAGAGAAACAUGAAAGUAGACAAAGAAACCCACUUAAAUAUGUAAAGUUAGUUAGUUCUAAUGAGGGAAAUGGAAAAAAAAGAGAGUGGGGAGAAGGGAAAUUUUUGUUGAAAGAGAAAGAAAAGGAAGUGACAAUUCAAAAAGAUAGCCAUUGAUGGGCCAACUACAUUCAGAAUUAUUCAGGGUUUUGGGAAAUAUUUGGGACCAUUUGGAGUUGUAAUAAUUGAAGUAUUAUGCUUGCAAGCGUGGGAUUAGAGGAAUGACAAAGUUGAUUAAAAUAGAAAAAAAGUUGUCAUUUUUAGACUUAACAUGAGAAGAGAGAUAUUUAGAUAUUUUAGGCGGCGAUAAAGUUAUUGAAUCAAUAUGUAUCUGAUUCAAUAAUUUCGUAGCCGCUUCAUUUGUGUAUCAACUUCAUUAGAUUUAAGUUGAAGUAUUUCGACGACACAAAAAGAAGGUUCGGCUACAAAGUCAUUGGAUCAAUAUAUCUCAAUGUUUACGACGAUAUUGAUGUAAGAACUUUGCAGGCUUGUAACAACUACAUUGGAUCCAAGCUUGAGAAGUAUUUAUAUAAUCUACAGUGAUGACACAAAAAGAAUGUUAUUGUUAGGUGAAGUUUGUUUUAUAUAAACAUGUAUUGUUAGCAGAAAAUAAAGUAGUUGCUUUACUAAUUUUUUGUUGCUAUAUAUUGUGAAUAGAGCUGGCACUACCUUUUAGUUCAAGAAAAAUUUAAAAAAAAUAAAAUUAAUUUGAUGGAAUCAUUGAAA